AUGCAAUCUGAAUAUGAUGCAUUGAUCAAGAAUGGUACUUGGACUCUAGUUGACUUACCUUCUCACAAAAUGGCCAUUGGCUGCAAGUGGGUCUUUGGACUAAAACAAAAUCCAUAUGGAUUUGUCAACAAAUAUAAGGCACGGCUGGUUGCAAAGGGUUUUCACCAAAGACUUGGGCAUGACUAUAAUGAAACUUUUUCCCCAGUUAUUAAGCCUACCACUAAAGUUGUGGCUAGAUCCAGUACAAAAGCAGAGUAUAGAAGCCUGGCUCCUCCUUCUGUUGAAGUGGCUUGGAUUCAGACCUUGUUGUUUGAAUUACAAGUCAGACACACUGCACCAGUGGUCUUCUGUGAUAACAUGAUCACAGUGGCUCUAGCUCACCACCCAGUUCUGCACUCCAGAACCAAACAUAUGGAGCUGGAGUUGUUUUUUGUUAGAGAAAAGGUUAUGGAGAAGAGUCUUCAAGUAAUUCAUGUUCCUGCUAUUGACCAAUAUGUUGACAUCCUCACCAAAUCUUUGUCUCCUUCCAACUUUACUAUUUUCAAAGACAAGCUUAGAGUUGUUGACAAAACUUUGGAGGCUCGAGCUGUUUUUGUGUUCUUUAAGUCUCGUUUUGGUGCUGCAUCUGCUUUUCAUUUACAGCUAUCAGUCAAUCCCACUCACUGGAUUACUGAGCUAGCUCCAGAACCUCGCGAUGUGUACUGGCCUUUCUUCUCUGAAUCAUUCACGCGAAGAUGGAUUUCUAAGUUGGUGGUUGUACUUGUGUGUACUACUUUCACUGUGGUGUUCCUUAUACCUGUAGUAAUUGUACAGGGGCUUACCAACCUUAAUCAAUUGGAAAUUUUGUUUCCCUUCUUGACAAGUAUAACUAUAAAAUUUGUCAGUCAAAUAGUUACAGGGUACCUUCCCAGUCUUAUUCUUCAGUUGUUUCUGAAAUUGGUGCCUCCUGCCAUGGAGUUCCUUUCCUCCAUUCAAGGAUACAUCUCACAUAGUGAUAUAGAAAUGAGUGCAUCUAGAAAAGUGCUGUGGUUCACAGUAUGGCAUGUUUUUUUUGCAACUGUGCUUUCUGGCUCAAUUCUAUCUAUGCUGAAUGCCGUCCUUGAUCCCAAGAGCAUUCCUGGGAAGCUAGCAGUUGCAGUUCCAGCACAGGCAUCAUUUUUUAUUACCUAUGUUGUCACGCAAGGAUGGACAAGUGUUUCAUCAGAACUCUUCCGUGUAAUUCCUUUUAUUUUCAGUUGGAUAACGAGGCCUUUCACUAGUCAAGACGAUGAAUUUGAAGUUCCAUCUACUCCAUACCACAAGGAUAUUCCAAGGGUCCUUUUCUUUGGACUUCUUGGUAUUACAUAUUUCUUCCUAGCUCCAUUAAUUUUGCCGUUCCUAUUGGCCUACUUUUGUCUUGCUUACAUCAUUUUUCGAAACCAGUUUAUAAAUGUAUAUGCACCAAAGUACGAUACAGCUGGGAAAUUUUGGCCUAUUAUACACAAUUCAAUGAUAUUUUCUCUGGUACUCAUGCACAUCAUUGCGGUGGGAAUCUUUGCUUUGAAAAAGCUUUCUCUAGCAUCCACUUUGACGAUGCCCCUACCAGUCCUCACGCUUCUCUUUAACGAGUACUGCCGAAAACGAUUCCUGCCCAUAUUUGCUGCAUAUUCUGCAGAGAGUUUGAUAAAGAAGGAUAGGCAAGAUCAAAAUGAUGCUACAAUGACACAGUUUUAUGAGAAUUUGGUAAAUGCUUAUAAAGACCCUGCAUUGCUUCCAAUUCAACAUUCGCCAUACAAUAAUGACAGUAUUCGCAGUCCCCUUAUAUCUCAGGCUUAAUGCUAAGGCACAAUAAUAUUCAAUACUAGACCAAUUGUGUUGGUUCUUUUGCCUUGGUUCUUAAACAACUUUCCUCCUUAUUUGUGUAUAUUUGUUCUCAAGAUAAUAUGUCACAGCCAAAGAGGAUGCUUAUUGCUUAAUUGCCACAUUUAGAUAAAGGUUUUUCUUAA